AUGCCAAACUGGAGGGAGCGUGGAUAUGUGCCAGACUCUGAUGACGACGACGAAGAAGACCGCGACAGCGAUAUCCAGCACGAAAACAGCCAUGACAACAUCACGGUUUCUCACCCUGGAGAAGCCAAAGAAGUCACUGCGUCACGCUGUGAGGAUUCCCGGGAUAAAAGUGCCAACCCGACAGUUCCAGCCAGCGACUUUCUCGAAAAUGGCGCCGAGAUCCAACAUCUUCGUCAGGCCGAACGAACCACCGAAGUGACAGAGCACGGACGGCAGGCGUUGUCCGAAACUGACGAUAUUCCAACCUCAACAGCCACAAGACUUCAAGCUGAGAUCCGAAAGGGCCUUGACACGGUCCGAGAUGUCCUUGGAUUCCUGCCUUCCGCUGUUGAUAGCGACAACGACAGCCCGCUGUCUUCCGUUCCUCCUUCUGGGCAGAAUACACCCCUAGAUCCUGGCAGAAAUACGGUUCAAGAUGUGCUGGAGUCCUUGUACCCUGCCUCUGAUAAACACGCAGACAGCACUCCUUCAUCGGCAUCCUAUUCCGCAGGCAAUGCAGCAAGGGGAAGUGCUUCCGUCGAGCCGCGGCCAGCUGUCGUUAAUGAUGUUGCUGUUGCUCAAUUCCAAGUCUCCCAUAACCUACCUCCCCACGCGGAUGAAUAUCCUCCUCGACGACGUUCUUUCAGGCCCCGUGCACCAAUCCAGCUUCAUCCUUACGCUCUCGAAGAUGCCAGGUAUCGACAGACUUGGUCAGCCAGUGGUCUCAAGCCUGUUCGUGCGCCAGAGAUCACAUCAAGGGCCGAGAAGACUUCCAACGAAGAAUCGCAGGAUACCACUGCUUAUGAAAGCAGCCAGAUGGACUCUUUCGACGGCGCAGCUCGAGAGUCGAGUCCCAUUUUGGACGCUCCAGACGACUCUCACAGUGUGGACAACGAUGAAUCCCAGAGCCCUAUUCGGGGGACACGUGUCCGUCAGCCGUCGCCACUAUCCGACUUGAGCGACGAUCUCCCCGACUUGUCAGAGAUAUUGAACAGCCGAGCUCCAACGCCGUCCGUGUUACAGCUGAGGAAAUUGAAGCAGCGGUCUCGGCGCGAGCCACGCACGGGCAAGGACGGCUUUCAUAUCUACGAGCUUCCUGACGAUAUUCCCGUUGCCCAGCAACCAUCUGGAAGACAUCGUGCAAGCUCGGCAAUUCCUCUAUCACCACCCUGGUCCCGUGCUGGGCGAUCAUCGCAAGACGCUGUACUGGCGCCAUCUGCUGAUGUUGCAGGGGGAAACAGCACACCCGCUGGGCUUCCGACUCCGCUCGUAUCUUCUGACAAGCAUGCUUCGAAGCGUUCGUUCGCCGAAAUCCUUGAUUUCUCCGACUCGCAAAGCGAGAUAAUCGACAUCAGUGAUGAACCAGGCGCAUCGUCCUCAUCAGAACAGAACUCUGGCGAUGAGUCGCGGGGUGUCCAACAACUACGGCGCAAGAUCAAGGGAGUUCUGCCUGCUUCCUGGCUGAAGCUGGACAUGAAGCAAAACCAAAAGCCCCGUUCUUCCUCUCCACACCACAUUCAGUACUCUCCGGUCAGAAGUGCCCCAGAGAAAGGUGUUGCAAAACAUAUUCCUUCCUCGAGAAGGCAUGCCAGGGAGCUAGGUCCAAUGCUUGUCAUCGAAGACGAUCCCACCGAUCCGAACACUUCAUCAGAGAGCGACACAGAGCUCCGAGUCAACACUGAGAUGGAUGACGUCCCGUACAGAUUGCCGAUGACCUAUGAUGACGACGUUAUGGAAGACAACACUGUUGACGCUAUGCUUGCUCCUCGUGUGAGAAAUUCUAAUGUUCCCAGGAGGCAGCGACGGUUAAGCGGGGUUUGGUCCAAGAAGGGGUCAGAAAGGAGCAAAAAAAAUGCUGGUGGUGGACGUUCUGUUUCUCAUUAUGGUGGCGAGCCUAAGGCCGUUGCUCGCGCGAAGAAACAAGCGAGGCCGUCCAAGAAGGUUAAAAGAGAGCACAGAAACACAGUAAUUACGGUACUCGACGCCCCAGGCUUCAAGCAGAAAGACAUUCCACGCUUCUUAAGAAUUGCUUCUAGACGACGGGGUGAUACCAGUGAAGCGCGACAUCAAGAUCCCUCUAAGAAAUUCUUCAGAUUGGCAACAACGAGAGACACUCAGGACGUAAAUGAGAGCCUGAAACGCUGGAGGACGCGUCGAGAUGAGAUACGUCCGGCUGUCCACUUCAACUCCGGCGACGGAGUUCCAAGUCGCACAACCCCUUCAGUGCCUGAGCCGCGCGGUGUCAACACUGUCAAUGAUGAAAACAUCGAAGCUUUGGCACAGGAUCGCCGGCUCCGUGACCUGGGCGUAGCCAACUCUGACGCUCAGCUCAAUUCUUUGAAGCAGAGCACCAAAACCACUCUCCAACGCAUCCGACGCAACCUGCACCGAGCUCGUUCGCCGCUGGAGGAGUCCCCCGGCCCGUCUGUUGGUUCGCCCUCUGUCAUCCUCGACUAUUUCAAGCCUCGAACAUUGAACCGCAGUCAUCUCAUUUCGAGGAGACUUAAUCGCCUUGAGCUUGGACCAGUCGUACCCAACGAAGCUUCCAGCUCCCAGCUUGAUCCCUUUGCCAUUCAAAAACGCAUUCCGAGGCAUCCAGGGGCGAGGAGAGAACAACCGACUCACGACACAGCUCGGCAAAACCGUACAAGAGCUCCAUCCCAGGCAGUGCUACCACUGACGGGUCUUCCGCAGUGCUUGACCCCUCGUGAAAGGCCGAGACAAAUCCGUGUUGACAUAAUGGCAAGCCGUGGAGAUCUCUCACAACCUCCUAGAGAGCCUUCCCGCCCACGCCCUCCUAAGAAACAGAGACCCAUUGACCUGGUUACCCGAAGUGAUGAUCAGGGGGAUAUUCUAUGCCUCCAGGGUCUUAACCUCAAUGAGGAUAUGGAUAUCAUCACCAGCACCGUGCGGUAUCCUCCCGGUGGAGGAUCAUUGUUGAAUACUGGCAUCCCUCCGGGCGCUGAACCCGUCCGCUCUUCCUUGAUCCGUGUUACGCUGUCCGCGAUGGCGAACAGAGCUGGUCUCUUCGAGACCGGAUGGACCGUCAACACAAUCACAACACCAAAAUCUCAGCACACACUCGAAGCUGCGGGCUGGUCUUCAGCCACGGAAACAAUUCUCAGAGACAUCUUUCAAGAAACAUUGGAGAUCACAUGUAAGGAUGUCGUUGCUCUGAAUCUGUCAACACAAGAAAGAAUUGAGCUUCUGAAGAACGCUGCGGAUUCGAUCGAAGCCGUAGUCAUCUACAUCAACGAGAGUCUAACCUUCUCUGGCGAGCACGAUCUGGAAGCGUUCCUUCUGCUUACAUCUCGGUAUAUGGAAGAGAUAUGGCGAGCCAUGGCUGAAUGCGAGGCGGCCACAAGCGAUCCUCACGCCUCACACAGCUUAAAGGUCUUGAACGGCCUGCUACUUCUCGGCUAUCAGACCGCUCAACGCGCCAUGGCCCUAACCUCUCCGAACUCUGUGGGCACUGCUAUCUCAGAGAGCCGGAAAAACAUGGCUCGUUUUGCUUGGGAGCUUGCCUUUCGAGAAGAACAUAUAGUUCACCUCUUCGCCUAUAUCUCUGCUCCAGCCGGUAUUGAUACAGCUCUGGAUGCUCGCCGCUCUCGCUAUUCAGCAGAAAUUGAGACCAUUAUCCUCGUACAUGCCCUCGGUCCUCACCAAGGGUGGAGGUUUUAUAUGCAAAACAUUCUCUUUGCAGAUGACAACGCAAGAGAGACUCACCAGUUGCAAUCCCGGUCUGAAUCCCUUUCAUGUACUGUCCUCGUUCUCGGGUGCAUUCUCUCUGUCUCUGGGUCAGAAGGACUCUUGUCAACCUACGGCAUGCAAUCUUCGAUGUCUCUGGGCUCAUCCCUUGCUGGCAUGCUUGUUGGAAGAGUAUCUGAAUUCCUGAAGGCCUUCAUCGAGUAUAAGACGAAAUACAGCAAGAGGCUUAGGAAACAAUCUCUGACUGUCCAAAAGCUGGAACAACUCGGUCUGAUUAUGUUCCGAUGGUGUUUACUCCUUGCACGAAACUAUCUUCAGGAUCUGGCAGAUGAUCUGCUCAAAGCCAUGUUCAAGUACUAUUCGGAGAAUGGCAUGACCGGGCUAUUUUCGCCACCUGCGCCGGCUGGAAUGACUACAAUGCCGCAGUUCCUCAAGGACCAAGUCCCUGCGCGAGAACUCCUUCCAGCGGACGACGACACUGAUUUUGACAUUUUUCUGAAGCUGACAGCGAUAGCACUGACGCCUCAACUCCCAGCAAUCUACGAUACCGCCGAAGAUAUGAAGAAGUUCCAGCUCCGCAAAAGAUCUCUUCUAUUCUUGAUGCUGCCAAAUAGAGGGCGGGAUCUGACUGCUGAAACCCUAUCGGUUUUCGACGAAGACAAAGAUUUGGCAGUGACAGACUUCGCUGGAAUAGCGAACCGAUACAGCCUAUUCGCAACCCUGUAUCACUACGCCCCAAACGAGUCGAAGCCGGUUCUCACACAGAUCAGCAAUUACGUCGAGUUUUCUACCGCCCAUGGUAGGGUACGCGAGGUCAUUCUGGAAUGUUGGACAAGCCUUGUACGAUCAGUGCUUGCUCAGCCAAGUAAUGGUGGCAGACUCCAAGAGCUCGGCCAGUGGAUCCGGCAGAUGUUCUUCUCCAUGUGUGCGAAAAUGGACAAUAUUCCCCAGAACAAUAACGUCGCCGCUGCGGACGAGAGCCUUCGUGCUGAAUACCAUGUGCAUCGGAUCAAUAGAUUGACAACCAUUGACUGUUUACGUCAAGUUGCCGCGAGAUACUGUGCGGCUCUUGGCCUCUGCGCAAAUGAAGAGCAGGUCUCCUGCCUUCUCCCGCGGGAAGAAGUGAGCAGUCUGAUCCUGCGAUGCUACACCAACCAAGGUCUCGGCGAUAACGUGGUAGGCCAGGUCUUCUGUCUUCUCACAUCAUACAUCAAGAAGGGCCUCAAGAAAGAGAGAGAAGCAUUCCUUUUCUUCCGUCGAGACUUGCGCGGACUUCUUGUGGAUCAACUUACCCGCAAUAAGGAGCAGGACGAACCGGAGUUUGAACGCCUAUUGGUGUCCAUGGCUGAGGCGUGGUACGCCCUUGGAAGAGUCAUGGUGACCGAGGGACCGGCCAAUUGGGAUCAGUUCCUAAAUGACUGGUCACCAAUGUCCUUCCCGCAGAUCGCAGACGUCGAGAACGGGAGACACUGUCAGGUCCUGCUGAUGAGCAAGAUCGCAGAAGAGAGAGGCGCGGUCCUCGCAGAACCCUAUCCUUUCAUCCAUGUUUUGCUGCGGUCAGUCCUGGGGCCCGUCCUGGUUGGCUCGAAGAUCUCCUUUGUUCAUCGACUUUUGAACCAGCUGAUGGAGAGCAUACCAGAAGCCUUCGCAUUGGAUGGGCUGCGCCAGAAUUUGUCAGGUGGCGUGAGACCUUUCUUCCUUGACAAAUUCGAUGUCAUCAACCAUCGUUUUGCUAUUGUGGACCACUUUAUUCGCUAUGCUUAUGUCGUUCGUCCUGCCGCCGACGAAUCCCUUCUCGGGGACCUCACAAACGGGCAAUGGAACGAUCUGAUGACAAUGAUUCCCAAAAUAUUGGCUCGAACAAUGACACAAGUCCAUGGAGAAGGACAGGCAGAUUGGAUGACAUUCUCGCAGAAAGUGCUAUUCCGGCUUAUCUUGUACGGAGGUCCCGCCUUUGGCAGCGGCCCCUUGCUUGCUGGGCUCCAUGAGGGGGAUAUCAAGAGCAACGCCUUUAGACUGGAGCGGCUUUUCGUCAGUUCACCUGGUCGAAACAAACCAACCGACUUCGACAAUGGAUAUACGGCUAAGGUCUUCUUAUCGGCUGUCGAGUCGGCAUGUCUAAGGAGAAAGGAGGACGUGCUGGUUUCGCACAUGGCCAACAUCUUUGCUGCAUCGAACCCUGAUUAUAUCGAAGACGACGGAAGUUUUGUGCUGGAUAUAUCUGGGCAACUAGAUUUCCUAAAGGCUGUGUUUCCGGCCUACAUUGAGACUGCACUCGACGAUACUCACCCAUCAAUGUUGUUUGCCGUCCCUGUGCUUGAUAUCGCAGUAGAUAUCCUGAGAAGGCUGGAGGGUCGCAUCGAUCUGGAGGAUCAAGCGCGCAUGGGUUCGUUUGCAGAAUUGAUCACAGUCUGGAUGCGGGCUGCAGUCAAGGCAAUGCAGCACUCAAUGCCAACGCCAUUGAAAGAGAAUGGCUGGCAGAUUGAGACAGUACGUCGCCUCGUCGACCUCGUUGCGGCAGGCGGCGGCCGCUGGGCGCAUCUUCGCAACCUUUUCCCAUCUUCUAUCGACAUCCUUGGCGUCCAGCAACUCGUGCAGGCGUACGCAUGCUAUACGUUCGACUACGUCUGCUCUACGGCCGGGUUCGACUUAGGCAUGCCGCCUUCAGACCCUACAUUCUGGGAGGAGCGGAACGGCGCCGAGUCCUGGACAGUCGACUUCGGCUUUGAAAUCGAAGACGUCUCGUUGCCAGAACGCAUCCUUGCCAUCAGAAACGACGCCGCCAACGAGCUUCGAGGCGUCGGGAGGGAUUGGUAUAAGGUUGGCUUCACGACGCACGGGCCUGUAUGGGAGCUGCGUCGGGGAGGGUCACCAGCAAUGGCCCGAGCAAAAGGAGGGGCUGUAAUAGAAGGGGCCAUGUUUGUCGCGGUGCAAGAGGCGGCGGAACGGAUGCAGCGGGUGUUGGUCUUACUGGGAUUGGUGGACGAGGUCUUGUGA